AUGAAUAUACAUUUAAAUAAUUAUCUUACAACAAAUUUUAUUCAACUUACACAUUAUUCUCCUGGUGAUGCUGUUCGUUAUUCACUUGCACAUAGAUGGUUUAUUAUUUUAACUAAAGCAAUAGAUAAGAAUAUUAAUAAAAUAAAAGAAAUUAAUUAUUAUUUUUCUUUUGGAUUAAAUACAAAUUUUAAUUCAUUAUUAACAAUUAUUAUUAAUCAAAUACCUCUAUUAAUUGAAGAUGAUGGUCAUGAAACUGAAAUUCAAUGUCAUUUUAAUGCCUAUGGACUUAAUCGAAUGGGUUUAGAAGCUAUUGAUUUAUAUCGAAAAAUGCCCCAUCAUUUACGUGAUGAAGUGACAUAUGUAUGUGUAUUAAAUGCAUGUUCUCAUUCCGGUCUUCUUAAUGAAGCUCAUUCCAUCUUCAAUGAAAUUCUUCAGAAAAAUAAACAAGUUAUUACUACGAUGAUUGAUUGUUUAAGUCGUCUUUAUAUAUUUGAUGAAGCACAAAAACUCAUAGAUGAUUAUGAAAAAUCUAAUCCACCUUCUUCAGUUAUGUAUAUGGCAAUAUUAUCUGGAGCACAGACACUCAUAUCUGGUUUAAUUUUUCUUUGUAAUACAUAUUCAUCAGUAGGUGAUUAUCAACAAGCAGAGAAUUUUCGAUCAAAUCGCAUUAGAGAGUUAGGAACAAAGGUUAAACCAGGAGUCUCAUGGACAGAAUUCAAUGGUGAAAUAUUGGAGUUCAAAGCUAAUGAUCGUUCUCAUCCUCAAUCUGAAGAAAUUCAUGCUAAAGCAAAAUAUAUAUCCGAUGUAUUGAUUAAAUAUGGCUAUAAUUAUGAUUCCAGUUGGAUAACUCGUCCAUUACGUGAAGAUGAAACAAUUGAGUCAGUUUUAUGUACUCGUCGCGAGCGACUUGCAAUCGCUUAUUAUUUUAUCCAACAAGAAAACCCCAAAUUUAUUCAGAUCACCAAGAAUUUUGUUAUGUGUGGCAAUUGUCAUAAGUUGUUCUUGCUUUAUUUUUCAUAUCAUUAUAAGUAACUUAUGGAUUUAUUCUUUUAGAUGGAGCGACAAAACUCAUUGCAAAAUCUGGCAAUGUAAAAUAGAGUACGUGAUGCUAAUUGUAUACAUUAGUUCUCUCCUGAUGGAACAUGCUCAUAUCAAGAACAUUUUUAGUUGUUAUUUAUGUUUUCUUUUUUUUUCUUGUAUUUUUUUAUCACUUUUUCAUAUGGAAUAAUAAACAACAUGUAAUUAUGCCUGUUUUUUCGACAUAAUGAAGAUCAUAUUAAAAGAAAAAACAGAUGAAAAUGAACAUAAUCAAGAAUGACACCUAUAAUGUUAUCUACAUGUCUCAAAUUGAUUCAAAUCAGUCAGGUUAAGGAGAAGAAAAACAAUUAACAUUGAUUCAUAAUUAUUGGUUCAUCAUUCAUGACCGGAAUAGGUUCAUUUCUUGAGGGUGGGUGUGUGUGUCAGUAUUACCUAAGAAGUUCAAGCAUCACCUAGAAUGCUACAGGUUUUUGUUGAGAUGCUUUAGACAUUAUCUGAAACGCUACACAAAGUACGUGACAAGCUUGAACUACGAUGAGGAACUGAGUGAGAAUAACGGUGUGCACAGAGAUGUGCAUGGGUCACGACACUGAAAUAAAAGGUGUGUUAGGCGUGGAAAAGCGCUUCCCCAAUGAAUAUUUCAAUAGCUUGAAAGUUGAAAUUUGAAUUCAAGUUUCAAGUUUUACAUAUAUGCUCUAGUUUCGAGAGACUUUCUUCCUUGAAUCUUCUUCCUCUCUCACCAAAA